ACGUUAUUUAGGGUCCCGAGAGUCAUCCAGUCGUUGUCUGCAACAUCAUGGCGGCGUCCACACGAGCACAGGUGAUUUCUCUCUACCGAAUGAUGCUGUCAGAGAGCAAGAAGUUCCCCUCUUAUAACUACAGGACUUAUGCACUGCGGCGAGUCCGUGAUGCCUUCAGGGCAAACAGGGAAAUACAGGAUCCAAAAACUGUCGAGAGACUGGUGUUGGAGGGACGACAGACCCUGGGACUGAUACAGAGACAGGUCGUCAUCGGGAAGAUGUUCGAGACCCAGAAGACGGUGGUGGAGAAUUGACCCUCCGCGGGGUUUCACGGGAGGGAGCGCUGUACCAGCAACCAACAGGAAGUGACAUCAGAGGCUGGAGCCAAUCACUGCCCAUCAUCACCACCAACAACAACCAACCAGCUUUCUUCUCCACCAAAACACGGUUUAAUUUAAGUGACACUGGAUGGAGGUGUGAGGUGCAUUGUGGGGGAUGUAGGACAGAGAACAGCUGUGAAGUUUGUUUUCGACUUUAGUUUCGGAUGCACCGAUCAGAUUUCGAGGCUUUUAAGAUCACUCAUCAAUCUUUUUUCUUCAUUAAUGACUCCUAACAAACAAGAUUAAAUGUCAGAUAAUAAACUAAUUCCAUGUCAGUAUGCCUCUGCUGCUAGAUUGUUAUUACAAUAUCACAGAAACAAGCCAAUAGUCACAUACGAAAAGCUUUAAACAAAGUUUUUGCGGUUUUGCUUUAAAGGACGACAGAAGUCUAUAAUGUUUUUUUGCUGUUUAAGUCACAUAGUAUCAUUUUGACAGAUUUUUGAGGCAGGAUCAUGGAGAGAAAUAUUGUAAGUUUUAGUUUCAGCUCAGCUUUUCCAUGAUGCCUCACAUAUCUCCUAAAUGAUUCAUCUCUUACACUUCUGUUUAAGCAGUUACUGUGGACGUUUCAGUUCGGAUACUAGAUGAUUGUUUGAAUCUGAAUGUUCAGAAAUAUUUGAAGUUUGUCAUUUCCAAGAGUUUAUGUCCUGAUAAGUUCAUAGAACAUCCCUUAACUCAGAACUAAGUUUUUUUUUUACUACUGUUUUUUUUUGCAAACAUAUUCUUAUUCAAAUUACACAAACUAGCUUACCAAUGAAGGAAGGGGGGUUAAAUGAAAACAGGGUGUGGUGUCUUCAUAGAGAACAACUUAACGGCUGUAAAGUGCUAAUUUCCAUCAAAGAUUUCUUCAAUUCCACAUGUUGAGCGGUUGAUUCAUGAAUGAAUGUUUCCCACUUUCAAUCUCAGUUUAUUAGCCUUUAUUUAAACAUUACAGGACUGACAUAAUGAUAUCUUUAAUGCUGUAAUGUUACACAGCUCAUCCUGUUGGAAACUGAUCGGUGCAUCCAUUUUUUUUUUUUCUUUCUAGUGUUAUUUUUGUAUUUAACGCACAAGUUAUAUAUCCCAGUACAUAUUAUGUGAUAUAUUUGGCUAUAAAGAACCUAUAAAGAGCUAAACA